UUGUGUCAAGAGUAACGCAAGCGACAUGUAGCUCCAGAAAUGAAAACUCUGGCAGCACCGGAGAAGCUUCGGAGAGAGUUGAUGACCUGUCUGUGAAUAUGCUUAAAAUAGGCAUUCUCACCUGUAUCUAUGACACGGGAAGUUUAGAGUGACCUGAAGAAAAGAAGGUCGACCUCUGUAGUCUGUAAACCCCAGAACUCCUGUUACACUACUUGGAUCUGACAGGCUGAAACACGCUACCCGCCCGACAUGACACCUAGCCAUUAAACAUUUGCACAUGCGCAGAAGUUCAACUAACUGCUGCUGGGGAAAUGAGCCCACGAUCCUCUACCGAUCGAAGACCGAACUGAAAAAACGAGGUUAAAAUGGAGCUUCUUGAUCGUUUUAUGUCUUAGCAGAUUAGGGUUAAAGGCAUGUCCUGAAGUGAAUUUUGACCACGAUAAAAGGUGCUCGCCAUUUUAAGCUGCGACGGAAGGAAGAGCAAAAAAGGGGGUUAAAAAUCGAAUAUCUUAAUUGCUGCGAGCCAGGCAUUCUCAGUGGGGCUAAAACACUGACCGAGCUAUUACAGUUAGGUGGUGCCUUGGUAGAUGAAAGAAGCUUUUACACUUCUGAAUCACAUUUGGAAAGACCACUUUGAGUCUCAGGGUGGGUUCAUAAACAACAGUGAAACGGAUAUUGAAUUCGUUAAGGAAAGCGCUCGUGAAGUAUACAAGUAUUUCGUUCCAAUAACGAGAAGCAAAUCCAGACAAACUCCGUUCAAGACUGGCCGAUACUCCAUUUUGACGGCAUAUUCAGUUGCGUUCUGUGUGUUGUAUAGCUGAAUCAAACAGGUUGACAACGACAUUCCUUCAUGAAGUUUGAUUGGUGGCUGCGAGAAACAAUGAAAUCUACUUAAGAGGCUUGGCGUUGCUACAAGGUUUUUGUUAGCGAGGCAGUAAAGAAAAACAGCCGACCAUUGAACUCUGGACUAAACAGAUUUGAGGAAAUUUUCGAUGAGUUGAAACGCAAUGACCAUGACAGAUAAUCUAACGGCGGGGAACAGCUCAAAAGACGGCUCGAAGGACAUGGCCGAAAAUUCGUUCUACUACAUUCGACUCUUGUGUUACGUGAUUAUCUUCAUCGUCGGUGUCAUUGGGAAUAUCCUGGUCUGUUUGGUGGUUUGUCGCCAGCGAAAAAUGAAAAACGUCACCAACUAUUUCAUCUUCAACUUAGCCGUAAGCGAUCUCUCCGUAUUGCUGAUAUGCAUUCCGUUUGACUUCGGUGAGAUUGUAACUGGAGAGUUCCCUUACGGAGCUGUGAUGUGCAGACUCAUUUAUCCUCUACAAACCAUGGCUACAACAGCAUCUGUUGGCACGCUUGUAGCCAUUAGUCUGAAUAGGUUCAUGGCAGUUGUGUAUCCACUCCGUCCACAGCUACACACUCGUGAUGCCAAGAAGGUUAUUGGGGUAAUUUGGGUUUUUGCAUUAGCUCUGGUGUCGCCAUACAUGGCCGUUUUGGAGAUGGACGUCUCUGGUACUGAGUGCGACGAAGAUUUCCAAGAGAAAGGACUGAAAGCUGGUGUUUAUACCAUUUCGAUUUUCCUUCUGCAGUAUCUCGUCCCGUUGUCAAUCAUUGGACUCUCGUAUAUAAGAAUUGGCCGAGAUCUUCGCCCGGACAAAAGGUCGUAUUCAAACUAUGCCCUACAGCGCGACCAGGAAAAAGAAGCGCAUAAAGUGAUGAAGAUUCUCACCGUUGUUGUAAUAGUGUUUGCUCUGCUGAUGCUUCCCAAUCACAUUUUCUUCUUGUGGCUCGACUUUGGUAAUGGAGACAGACACCCUAAUGCUACUGGUAUCAUGCAGUUCUGUCAGAUUUGUGUUUACGCAAACAGCGCCGCCAAUCCGCUCAUUUACAACGCUGUAAACGAACAAUUCCGGGAGGGCUUCAAAACAUAUUUCCGCUCGUGGAUUGAGUGCGUCCUCAAGAUCAAAGGCAGCAAUAGAAGAGAGGACCUAAAUGUGGCCAACCGACAGAAUGGGGCCAAACCCACGACGAGUUGCACUAUCUGCAGCGGGAGCAGUGAUACAUCCCUAAAUGGAACUCUUCACUCACAGAAGCAACAGUUACAAGUCAAUAAUAAUGCCACGGCUGAAGUCUCGAUGAACGGGACGACAGAUGGUAAGGUCUUAAUUGUAACUGAGUCGGACAGAGUGGAGGAACAUGCAGAGUUGUUAACAUCCGUGUAAAAAGAAGGUCGUACCCCCCCUCCCCCC